GUCUUCUCCCCGCCAACGCCCCGCUCUCCCUUCCAUCCAUCUCGCUCUAUCGUCAUUCCAGCAUUCUUCACCAUGGCCGACGCACAGAAGCAAUUGCAGGCGAUCUCGGAAGAGUUCCAGAAGCUGCAGACCGAUCUGGACGGAUUGGUCGAGGCUCGUCAGAAGCUCGAGUCCCAGCAGCAGGAGAACGAGAGCGUCCAAAAGGAGUUCAACUCGCUCGAUGGCGAAUCCAAUAUCUACAAGCUUGUCGGCCCGGUUUUGUUGAAGCAGGAGAAGCAGGAGGCCCUGCUGGCGGUGAACGGACGUCUUGAGUUCAUCGAGAAGGAAAUCAAGCGGAUCGAAAAAGAGAUCGAAGCCAACCAGGACAAGAGCGAUAAGAAACGAGCCGAGAUCCUACAAUACCAAAGUCAGGUUCAACAGCAGCAGGCGGCUGCUGCGUCGGCAUCCGCUUGAACACGUUCUCACGACCCAAUACAUACUACGAGAUAGACCUUCAGCCUCCCGUCUACGGCUGUCAGUGAAGAACAUUCAGCUUGGAAUGGGAUCGAGGUCCUUGAACCCGCUACCAUAUCUGGUGCCGACACGAACGAUGAGCUUCAACUAGGUUGAAGCGCCGUGGGAGGGAAACGACUCUUCAAUUCGGGAGAAUUCAAUAAGGACUCCGACCUUACUACGCUUUGGAUUGUAGGAAUCCCUCAAAAGGUCAACAUGAAAAUUGAGAGAAAAAUAUAGUGAGUAUAAGGUGGGACAUUUUAGAAUACCCCAGUGAAUGUAAACGCGAGCAUACAAUCCUUUAUUUUCUUGCCGAGUGAUGGCUUAUACCAAAUCCUAUCUUCAUCUCGAUUUUAAUACUCAAC